CCGCAAUCUCGCGAGAACACUCGUCCCGGCAGCCACGACUUUUGCCGUCCUGGAGGCGGACCGCCUGAGAUCUCGCGAGAGCUGACUGCUGGUAGUGCUGAGGCGCUCUAAGGUGACACUCACAGAGACUGAGACCAUGGCUGCUGCUGGUGUCCUGUGUCGCAGAGGGGCAGCCCAGAUACUGGGCAGGGGGCUGCCGUGCUGCUUGGCGCCAUCCCACAAUCUGCAUUACCGAUUGAAAUCUUCUAAAGCGGAUACCUUGGCUCCAGCACCCAAUGACAGCACCACCUACCCUCCCUUGGAGACGUUCACAGAAGAAGAGGCCAUGAUGAGAGACAUGGUACAAAAAUUUGCCCAGGAUCGGAUCGCCCCACUUGUAAAAACUAUGGAUGCCAACUCCAAAAUGGAUGACUCGAUCAUAAAGGGAAUGUUUGAACUUGGGCUUAUGGGUUUAGAGGUGGACCCCAAGUACGGUGGCACUGGAGCAUCUUUCUUCUCAUCCAUUCUGGCGAUUGAGGAACUAGCCAAAGUAGACCCAUCUGUGUCAGUUAUGUGUGACAUUCAGAACACGCUCAUCAACGCUUUAUUCCAGCGACUUGGAACAGAGGAACAGAAAGAGACUUACCUUCCCAGGCUGUGCAAGGACAUGGUGGGCAGUUUCUGUCUGUCUGAGGCUGGCUCUGGCAGUGAUGCUUUUUCCCUGAGAACUACAGCUGAGAAGCAGAAGGAUUACUAUGUGAUCAAUGGCUCCAAGAUGUGGAUCAGUAACUCCGAGCAGGCCGGAGUCUUCCUUGUGAUGGCAAAUGCAGACCUGUCCGCUGGAUAUCGAGGGAUCACGUGUUUCAUUGUCCCCAGGGAAACUGAAGGAUUCCACAUCGGAAAGAAGGAGGAUAAACUAGGACUCAGGGCUUCUUCAACGUGCGCGCUGACAUUCGACGGUGUUAAGGUUCCUGAGUCCAGUGUGCUCGGUCAGCUGGGACAAGGCUAUAAAUAUGCUAUAGAAAUGCUAAAUGAAGGCCGGAUUGGAAUCUCUGCCCAGAUGCUGGGUUUGGCUCAGGGCUGUUUUGAUCACACCAUCCCAUACACCAAGCAGAGGAAGCAGUUUGGGCAGAGGAUAUUUGACUUCCAGAGUAUGCAGCAUCAGAUCUCCCAUGUGGCCACCCAGCUGGAAGCAGCCAGGCUACUGACCUACAAUGCAGCAAGGCUUAGGGAAGCAGGGAGGCCCUUCAAGAAGGAGGCUUGCAUGGCCAAGUACUUCUCCGCUGAGGUGGCUGCAAUGACAACCAGCAAAUGUCUGGAAUGGAUGGGUGGUGUUGGAUUCACUAAGGACUAUCCAAUUGAAAAAUAUUACAGAGAUGUCAAGAUAGGUACAAUCUACGAAGGAACAUCCAACAUCCAGCUGAGCACAAUUGCGAAGUUCAUAGAACAGGAGUAUUGAGAUACGGCAUUGUAAUGUUGGAUCCAUCCUCAGGCACAGACUGGUCACGUGGGUCUACACAAUUGAAAGAAUUGUCCACAGUUGUAUCUGUGCUGCCUCCAGAUCAACCAGCAAGACAACUGCAUCAACUUGCAACUGGUUGAGUAAUUCAUCCGUGUAACCUUCAAUGAGAUGUCAAUAAUUGAUCAAAUAAACCACAGAAGCGGUAGUAAUGAAUUAGAGAUAUUGAUGAAUAGCAUAUUCUCAUUCCGCUGCCAGACAAACACUACAGCUGUUAAUCACUUCUGCUAUAUCUCAAUUCCAAGAAGUGGUAGGAAGCCUGGCAUUGUUCCGCUGGUGGUAGAACUAUAAUGGGAUAUAUUUGCAGUAAGGGGCUUUUUUAGACUUGCACUUUGAUUAAUGUAGCACUUCGCUAUAAAUAGUGUUGUAUCUUUUGUGCAUGGUAAAGUUUUGCAGGUGAAAGAAAAUGAAACUUAUUGAUGUGACUGUUGUAAUAUAUUUUGAAAUAAAACGUUACAGAACUUUAUAAAGAACAAAAGUUUAUAACCUUAGGACUGAUACAGAGACUGACACAAAUGACGCCGCAGCUGUGAUCCCGUACACUGGGCCAGUGCUAGGGUGUUCGGCGCCCCCCUGCAAACUAUAAAUUUGCUCCCUCCCAUACUUUACAAAGGGACAGCGCAUGUCUUUGUUGCUUACCGAAAAAGGGGUGUGGUCUUACACAGAAGGGGCAUCGCCACACAAUAGUACCCCCAUUUCAAAUUACGCCACAGUAACACUGCACGUAGUAGUACUUCUUAUCCCCAAAUUUCCCCCUGUAGUAGUGCCGCUUACACAAAAUGCCCCCUUAGUAGUGCCGCUUACACAAAAUGCCCCUAAUAGUGCUGCUUACACAAAAUCCCCCCUGUAGUAGUGCCGCUUACACAAUAUCCCCCCUGUAGUAGUGCCGCUUACACAAAAUUCCACCUGUGGUAGUGCCGCUUACACACAUUUUGCCUACCCAGUCACACACAGAUAUACAUACACACACACACACACACACACACACACACACACACACACAUACACACACACACUUUCUCAAGCUCACUCACUCUUUACAUCUUCUUACCAAAAGGAAGUCUGGCUGGCCGGAGCUGUCCAUCCUCCUGUUCCUCCUCAUGAUCAGCCUGGUCCUUUGUAGCUCUACCCCUCCGUUCCGUGUAGCUCCGUCCCCUUUUUGGGUCUUCCUGCACAGUGAGUAAACACUGCGCGCUGUCACACAGUUAGGGAGCGGGAGAGGACGCUUAAAGCUGUCGGUGCUGCUGCCUGUCACAGUGUGACAGGCACAGCGGCCUGUAGCAGUAGGGGGGACAAGCAACGCAGCAACGAGGAUGCAGGGCAGGGAGAGUGCCUCUCCUGCCUAGCGCCUACCUGCACUGCAUCGCAUCCCUUUGCUGAGUGGGUAGCGCCGGGCCUGCCCGUACACAACAGUUAUGAAUAAAUAUGUUGCAUCUGCCACGUUUUGUGUUAGGAUGCUCACUGGCGGAGUUUUGGAUUCGCCACUUGUGCACGAAGAUGCAACCAUUGGACACACAUCAGUCGAUCAUUUACCUUCUGGCUAACGCUUUGGUCGUGGCUGAUGGAAGUUAGACGCUGGAGUAAUUUCUGCUUACAGGAUCGCUGUCGUAAGCUGUGGCACUCCCCCAGUGCCGCCCUUAGAUGCUUCCCGGCUUGCACACGCUUUGCGAAUAACUCGCUGUGCCCGCAGUUGCAAGACUAUUGUGGCACAUACGCAGUGCGGCUUAGACGCAUGCGCAGUGGUGCGUACAUCUACAUUGCAUCUAUUUCUGAAUCGGGCCCAUAAUCUCCUUGAGGUGUCAUUUAAUAAUAAUUUCCAGCAACAGUGUGGCAGCAGCCUGACAUCUCCGUUAAUUGCUGCUGGAGUACCCUGUUCGUUUAAUUAGCGGUGUGUGAAUUCUUGCUUACCUCCUUUUUCCUUUCAACAUUAGGGUAUAUUUACUAAGCGUUAACUGUUCAUUCUGUUGCUUGUCAGCGGUUCUGGACAUAAAAUUUAGAACGGGAGUAUUUACAUGCACAACCAGGAGUUUUUCAUUUAUAUAAUUAAUAGCAGAAGGAUGACUUUUAUGACAUAUUUAUGUGAUGCCAUUGUCUGAGCAGGGCACAAAUUAAAGGUCUUGGUCCGUAAA